AUGUUCCCGUACACAAGUGAAGACAUGACGGAAAUGGAAUAUUUUCAUGCAUAUUUUGAUGAGCAGUUCGUGCGACAUCUUGUUGCCGAAACCAACAGAUAUGCAGGGCAUCUUAUUGAAGCUGGAAUAUUACAGGCUUCACGUAUGAUACGUUGGAAGGACACCACUGUGCCUGAGCUGUAUGUUUUCUUUGCUCUAUGUCUGCUCCAAAAACUUUCGGAGAAACAAGUUAUUCAGGAUUAUUGGAACAAAGAAGCUGCUGUUCCAUCACCUGUGCUCAACAAAUACAUGUCACGAGACAGGUUCCUGCUACUACUACGGUGCCUACACUUUGAAAACCUUGAAAAUUUUGAUAGAAAUGAUCGACUUUGGAGAGUGUGA